AUGAGUUCCAGCGAGGGCGUCUUCCCGCCGCCCUUCUACCUGCAUAGCAUCGUGAGGAAGAUGUACGUUGCUCCAGCCAGUUUGUCCAGAGCGUUGGAACUCCCAAUCUUCGUUGAAAAGUGUCGCUACUUCGGCCAUCUUGUGCGUCUGCCAUGCACUGGAAGUUGA